UUAUAAAAGAACAAUGAAAUUAUUACAAAAUUACAACGAUAACUAUGACAGCUGAACCUCGGUCUUCUGUUGCUGCAUGGAAACGUUGUAACUUAUGUGUUGAUGUUACAUUUAAAACCCCUCAAGAAUUCCGAUUACAUUUGCGAAAAAAUCAUUGCAAAAAGGAAGGAGGUUCUUAUGUAUGUUGUUAUGGAAAAAAUAAUAUAUGUGGGUCAUUGCCACUUGAAGGUGUUAAUGAUCAGGAUUAUGAAUUUCAUGUAGUGAAACAUCAUGUAUUAACUUUUACAGUUGAAGAUGAACAUUCCCAAGAAGAAUUUGUGGAAAAUCUUCGCCAAAAAUAUGCUCACAUAUUUACUGCCAGCCAGCCAAAUUCCCAACCAAAUGUUGUCGUCGACAAGUAUCAGUGGACAAUUUAUAACAGUUCUCAAAAUUUACCAGCAGUCCUAAAUGAUCCACGUAGGACAAAACGGGAGUAUGAUCUUUUUACAAAAACUUGGGGUGAUAGUUUUGUGGAGUCUGCGAGUUUUCCACCUACAUAUUUACCAGAAAUUUCUGCCUUGCAUUUCGAAACAUAUAUAAAACAUGUAAGGAAGGGCAUCCGAAGAAAUUCUAAAAAAUCUCUAAAGGAGCAACCUCAUGAGAAAAGGCAACAAUCUAGCUCUGCUGUAGAAAAAUCAAGUUCUAAAUGUUCAGACAUUGAAGAAAUACCCAAAAUAUUUUUGCAAUCAGAUUUUAAUUUAGAAGAUCCCGAAACUUUCAAUGCUGUUAUACCCUGGUCACAGUUAUAUAACCAAGGAGGACAUGACAGUUCUGUGCAAAAAAAUUCUGUCAAGCUCUUACAAGAAAAGAUGAGCCAUUAUUUAGAUAUUGCAGAAGUUCAUAUUGCAAAGCAAAUUUCAAUGAGAUCUGAAGCAUUUUUUCAUGCAAUGACAUCCCAUGAUGCGUUAAUGGACCAGCUAACCGAUGUCAUAAAAUGCGUAUGUGAAUUAAGGUCAGUUU